AUGACCCGUCAGCAGUUGCUGAUACGACUGCAAGCUUCCAAAGUACCUCCGUCUGUUACUGAGACUGAACCGCAGGAUCAUCUGCAGGUUUUGGAACCGUCGGUGGAACAGAACUUUACUUGGGAUGAAGUAUCUGAGACCGAAAGCGAAACGUCGCGUGUGGCAGACGACGUCAACGGACUAGCCUUCUCACGACAAUCGCUCAACGCCUCAUACUUGGGUAUAUCAUCGGUUCCUACGAUUCUAAAAGUCAUCGCCCAUCUCUCCCCUCAUGUCCAGCAACGCGUUCCCAAAGGCUCUGAAGCUUGGCGGAGUCCAUCAAGCCUCGCUGGUAGCCCAGGUGACAUGACCUGUCUGCAAGUAGAUGAGAUACCGCUUAUAAACGCCUACUUCAGCCAUGUACACCCUGUCAUUCCAAUGGUGGAUGAAGCCGACUUUCGUCAGCGAUAUCUUCAAUCCAGUACAGAAGAGGACGAAGCUGGACCGUGGCUCGCUCUGAUGAACAUGGUGCUCGCUAUGGGCUCAAUGGCAUCAGACUCAAUCCAAUUCAGCGCGCACAACCCUUUUUACAAGCGAGCUCUACCUCAUCUCAACAUCAACUCUUUUGGUUCCGGGCAUCUCUACAUGGUGCAAGCAUUGGCUCUGUAUAGUGGUAUGGUUCUUCACUUUCUCAACAAGCCGAAUAUGGCAGUUGCUGUCAUGGGAGCAACACUACAGAUGGCCGUCGCCAUGGGCUUGCAUAGAGUACAGGCUUCGCAAGCGCCUACGAACACAGCUUUCCAUCCCGCUAAUGGUUCGACUGCCACACGGAUACGUACUUGGUGGUCUAUUCUGUGUCUAGAUACGUGGGCUUCGUCUACUUUGGGCCGUCCAAGUCACGGAUAUUGGGACCCAGCUAUAACGUUGACUUCACCUAUGUCAGCCCUCCAAGAUCUGGAUUACGGAACGAUAUCCCUCGCCGCUAGUGAAAGGUUCUGUAGGAUCGCCACACGUGUGCAACAGCGACUCGCCCGUUUACCUUUAAUAAGCCCCGACGAAGUUGAAGAAUUCGAUCGCGAACUUAUGGCCUGGAAAUACUCGUUACAUAUGUUCCUAGCUCACCGUGAGCAGUGUCCGCCAAGCAUCAAUACUGCACGAGCGAUUCUUUGGUGGCGAUGGAUCACGACUCGACUGACGCUCUACCGUCCCGGGUUACUAAUCACAGCACUGCGUCAGAAGCCAUGGGGACAAGAGAAUACCCGUGAAGCGAACCAUGCCCGAAAAUGUAUACAGAUCGCCAAAGAAGGAGUUGAUCUAAUGGCGCUGGGUUGGGUUUCGAACCAGUUCGUUUGCUGGAAUAGUGCUUGGAACCUCUUUCAGGUGUCCUUAGUCCUCGUUCUGGGUCUGAUGACGGAUAAACAAGAAGCAGGUAACUUAAAGUGCUAUGAAUCAGUCUGCCAGGCAAUUGAGCUAUUUGCCCUGAUGGAGCCGCUUGACGCUGGUUGCACUCGCAGUCGAAAGCUUCUUCAAGGACUGUUGGAUAACACGAAGGGCGCGGAGGAAAACACUGCUUUCCCGACACCUGAAGGGCUAGAUAAUUUUAUACUUGACUAUGUCGGUACAGAUCUAGUCUGGGAAGAUGUGGAUUGGUUAGGGUACCUUUAG